UGCCUUGGUUAGCUUCAACUCUACCUGCAAGAUUCCUUGUCAGUUUUAACUUUGUUCAGUUUCAACUUGUAUAAACCUUCAAUAUGCGUGAGUGUAUCUCUAUCCACAUUGGUCAAGCUGGUGUCCAAAUGGGCAAUGCCUGUUGGGGGUUGUACUGUUUAGAACAUGGUAUCCAACCUGAUGGUCAGAUGCCUUCUGAUAAAACUAUUGGAGGUGGCGAUAAUUCCGUCAACGCUUUCUUCAGUAAGACUGGAGCUGGUAAACAUGUUCCAAGAGCUGUAUUUGUUGAUCUGGAACCGACAGUUGUGGAUGAAGUCCGGACUGGUACUUACCGUCAACUCUUCCAUCCUGAACAACCCAUCACUUGUAAAGAGGAUGCUGCCAACAACCAUGCUCGAGGUCACUACACCGUGGACAAAGAGAUCAUUAAUUUGGUUCUUGAUAGAACCAGGAAACUGGCUGAUCAAUGUACUGGUCUUUAAGGAUUCCUAAUCUUCCACAGCUUUGGUGGAGGAACCGGAUCUGGUUUCUAUUCCUUGUUGAUGGAAAGAUUGAGCGU